GAAAUUUAGUGGUGUUCAACCUAAUUUAAGACGGAUUUUAUCACUGCCAAAUAAUAAUUAACCAAUCAGAUUACAGCAGCCUGACGCGACGACCAUCUUGAAACACGUAAAACUGCUAUAAGCAAAUCACAGUAACAACAUGGCUGAUACAGAAAAUGCCGAUGAACUUUUGGACUACGAUGAGGAAGAAAACGAAACCACCGCGGAGGGGGCUGGUGAUGCCCAGCAGACCAAGAAAGAUGUGAAGGGAACAUACGUCUCUAUACACAGUUCAGGUUUCAGAGAUUUCCUUCUCAAACCAGAACUCCUCAGAGCAAUCGUAGACAGAGGUUUUGAACAUCCAUCAGAAGUGCAACAUGAGUGUAUUCCCCAGGCCAUUCUGUCCAUGGAUGUCUUGUGCCAAGCAAAGUCUGGUAUGGGUAAAACAGCAGUGUUUGUUCUAGCAACAUUACAACAGCUGGAACCAGUAGAUGGUCAGGUAUCUGUCCUAGUUCUGGCUCAUACAAGAGAGUUGGCGUUCCAGAUCAGCCAGGAUUAUGAGCGUUUCAGCAAGUACAUGAACAGCAUCAAGAUUGCGGUCUUCUUUGGUGGCAUGCCAAUCAAGAAGGACGAGGAAGUGCUCAAAAAGAACUGCCCACACAUUGUCGUUGGUACACCAGGUCGAUUACUGGCUCUGAUCAAAUCAAAGGCGCUGAGUCUGAAACAUGUAAAACAUUUCAUUUUGGACGAAUGUGAUAAGAUGCUCUGUGAGCUUGACAUGAGAUCUGAUGUACAAGAGAUAUUCCGGAUGACUCCUCACGAGAAGCAGGUGAUGAUGUUCAGCGCCACACUCAGCAAGGAUAUCCGCCCUGUGUGCAAGAAGUUCAUGCAAGACCCUAUGGAAGUAUUUGUUGAUGACGACUCGAAACUGACACUGCACGGUCUGCAGCAGCAUUACGUUAAACUGAAGGACAAUGAGAAGAACAGAAAAUUGUUCGAGCUGCUGGAUGUAUUGGAAUUCAAUCAGGUAAUCAUCUUUGUGAAGAGUGUACAGCGAUGCAUGGCCUUGGCCCAACUGUUGCAUGAACAGAACUUUCCAGCCAUAGCUAUACACAGAGCUAUGACACAAGAAGAAAGGUUGUCCCGUUACCAACAGUUCAAGGAUUUCCAGAAGCGUAUUCUGGUAGCCACAAAUCUGUUUGGACGUGGUAUGGAUAUUGAACGAGUGAACAUUGUCUUCAACUAUGACAUGCCUGACGAUUCCGAUACAUACUUACACAGGGUUGCCAGAGCUGGUAGAUUUGGUACCAAAGGAUUGGCAAUAACAUUUGUGUCAGACGAGACAGAUGCCAAGGUCUUGAACGAUGUGCAGGAAAGAUUUGAAGUGAACAUCUCUGAAUUGCCAGACGAAAUUGACAUCUCGUCUUACAUUGAAGGACGAUGAAGAGGAUGUGCAUGGAAGUGUGAUCUCUAUUCCGUUAACUUUAAUACAUAGAUUCAACACGGGCCAAGAACAGACAGUUUACAUACAUCUGAUACAGAUUCUUUCAAUAUGUGUUAAAUGUAUUCAUAAAACGUUCAGUGUGAAUCCAGAACAUUUUGUAUAGAGUUUUAUAUAUUGACAUUUGUUGAUAUUCUUUUCAUAGACCUUUUAAGAAAAAUCAUGUCUUGACAACAGUAUUGCAAUUGACUUGUAAAACAGCAUGUGUAAAUUACUUAAUAAUUUGUAAGACGAGUUGAAGUAUUCUGAAUUUAGUAUUCUUGUUUAAAGAUUUCAAACAGCAACAUUAUUUUCAUAUUGACCUAAAAACGUGCAUUAUCUUGAUUUCGUUUUGGCCAGAAAGGAUGACUGGCAUAGUUUUUAUUUUACUUUUGUUUUUAUUGUAAAAAGAAAGCUUUAUUUAAAUAUUUGUAUAUAUUAAAAUCAUGUCUACUCAUGUUUAUCACAUGAACGUUUCAUUUCUCAUGUCAUUUUGUGUUUCAAACUUCAGAUCGUGCAUCAUAAACUGUGAUUUCCAAAUUAAACGUAACAGUGGAA